AUGUUAUUUUUGUUGUUUUCGAUACAUAAAGAACUCCAAAAAAAUGAAUGGGCAAGGGGAUUAGAAUCUAUUGGUGCAGGAGAAGUCAGUAAUUUAAUAAGUGGAUACAAAAAAAUUGUUUAUAAAGAAAAAGUGGAAACUAAGAAAACAGAAAUAAAAUCAACUAAAUUACUUAUAGUUGGUCUUACAGGUGAUGGUAAAAGUUCAUUAGGUAAUUUUAUCCUUAAAAAGAAUACUUUUAAAGUAAGUGAUGAUCCAAAAUCAGUUACAAAAAAAGCCAUUGGAGAAUUUGUAGAAGAUGAUAGAAGCAAUAUAUUUGUUGUUGAUACUCCUGGUCUUCAAGAUUCUGAUGGGUUUGACAAUGAAGGUAUUCAAAAAAUUAUUGAUUUUGUUAAAGCUACAGGAUUACAAGGAAUAAUAUUAACAUUGAACUUCAACGUGGACAGGUUUUCUGCUAAUACUCAACAAGUUGUUAAAACUGUAUGUGAUAGUUUCCCAAUAAAAGACUUUUGGAAACAUGUAUGUAUUGUAUGGACUAAGUGUUAUUGCCACUUCUCAAAAAAGAAACUUGAAAAAGCUAAAAAGGCAAAAAAUAAAUUCAAAGGAGAACUGAUUGAAUUUAUUAAACAAAAAAUGGGACAAAUGAAAACAUUGAUAUUCCAAUAUGAUGACGAUGAUGAUGACGAUAGUAAUGAUAAUACACGAUCAGAAGAAGAAAGAGAAAAAAUAAUAGAAUGGGCAAGGGGAUUAGAAUCUAUUAGUGAAGAAGAAGUCAGUAAUUUAAUAAGUGAAUACAAAGAAAUUGUUUAUGAAGAAAAAGUGGAAACUAAAAUUAUAGAAAAAACAGAAUACAGUAUAACUUAUGAAACAAAGACUUAUAGAAGAGGUAAUAAAGUAAUGUAUACUGGAGAAGUAGAAGAAGGAGAGUGGGGUGUAAUUAACAGUGUUACCAAAACAGAAAAACUGUAUAAUGAAGAAGAAGAAAACAACAAAAUUGAAAUGAGAGUAGAAGAAAUUGAAAAGAGAAAGGAAGAGUUUAAAAGAAGGCAAGAAGAAAUAAGAAAAUUAGAAAAAAAGAAAAAAAUAAGAAAGGUAGUAGGGGUUGUUUCACUUGCUGCUGGUGGUGUUGCUCUAGGUAUUGCUACUGGUGGUAUUGGACUCAUUGCUGUUGCUGCUGGUGCUGCUGCUGGUGUUGGUGUUGGUGCUGGUGCUGGUGCUGUUAAGACGGUUGGUCUUGGAGUACAAAUUGUAACUUCAGUUGGUUAUUUUCUUGCUCGACGUCGUUUUCUAAAAAACCUUGUUAACAAACUCAAGGAUAAAAAUCAUUGA